GGAACCAUGAGUCCAACUCUCCAAUCCCUCUAGUGGGGUUGAAACAACUAUAAAACUGUUGUCGUAUUAUCAAAGUCAGAACAAAAUGAGAGACUUUUUGACGUUACUGGUGUGUUUGGAGCUAGUGUUAGGGAGUGUUGGAUACAUUUUACCAGAUACACGUACGUGCAUUAAUAAUGGACGCGAAUAUUUGAUUGGUGAUGAAGUACACAUCUCCACACGUGUCACGUGCGUUUGUCUCCUGACGCCAUCUACUGGUGAAAUUUAUCUAGGAAAUUGUGCGCGUGGUAACAGGUCUCGUCGUCAAAAAUAUCCAACUCCGGCUCCGCCCACGAGCACUACCAUGUUCUCAACGAAAUCCCCGCCACCAUUCACUACCAGAGCACCACCUGACCCGAAAAGUACCAGAGGGCCUUCAUUACCCACCACGGAAGGUACCACAUUGGCGCCACCACCUAUUGGAUAAAGAAUAAAACACGCGAGUUACUGUAUGAUGUUAAAAUGUUGCAUUAAUAAAGAUAUUCAUUACUGCCUUUACCACUACAACGUCAA